UAUUUCAUUCCACCUUCCCAAGCCCUCUUUUACAGUAUGAAGUGCAGUUAUGGCAAGGAGUAGCAAGUCAGUGGCGAGGACCCUGGAGGAUUUGACGCUCGACUCGGGUUAUGGUGGAGCCGCCGACUCCUUCCGAUCUUCCAGUGCGUCGCUGUGCUGCUCAGAGGCACAUGGGGGGACUCACUGGCAUUUAACCGACUCGAUGCACAGUCGACACAACAGUCUGGACACUGUUAACACGGUCCUGGUCGAAGACGCCGAGAUCCUGGAGAGCACCGGGCAGUGCGCUAAACUGCCCGAGCUUGAGGAUGUGCCGUGGAGCCUCGGGGAAGUGGCGAGCGCGCUGAACAGGGACGAGGAGAUGACCCUGCCGACCCCCUCGCAGGACGUUCUGCUCAGGCUCUCGGUGCUGGUCAGCCGGGCCCUGGUCAGGGUCGCAAAGGAGUCGCAGCGCCUGAGUUUGCGCUACGCCAAAUGCACCAAAUACGAGAUCCAAAGUGCCAUAAAGAUGGUUCUGUCGUGGAGCGUCUCGAUGAGCUGCAUCAGCGCGGCCCUCAGUGCCUUGUCCCUGUACAACAUGAGCACGGAGGAGGACAAGUUCGGCCGCGGCAAGUCGGUGCGCUGCGGACUCAUCUUCAACGUGGGGAAGUUCUUCAAGUGGAUGGUCGACAGCAGGGUUGCGGUCAGGAUCCACGAGCACGCUGCGAUCUACCUGGCUGCGUGCAUGGAGAGCCUCUUCCGCGAGGUGUACGCGCGGGUGCUGCGCAGCGCGCUGCUGGAGCGGGAUAACGGGAUUCCCAAGUUCACUGUGGAGACCCUGGACCAGGCCGUGAACACUGACUCCGAGAUAUGGGGCUCUCUGCAGCCCUGGCAACACCUGAUCUGUGGGAAGAAUGCAAGCGGUGUGCUCAGCCUACCUGAGGGCCUGACUCUUCACAGGGACCAACAGCAGCAGCAGCGAGCGGGGAAGAGCGGAGAGGGCAACGCCUACAGUCAGUCUGAGCUGCGCUCAAUUGAGCAGUGUUUACUGGCUACACGAGUGGGCAGCGUCUCUGAACUCAGUGACCUGGUGUCCCGGGCCAUGCACCACCUACAGCCGAUGUAUAUGAAGAACCACAACAAUGGCACGCCGAUCCACCAGAAGAGCAGCGUGAUCCACUGGGCGCCUGAAGCGAUCUACACGCUGUGUUACUUCAUGCACUGUCCUCAGAUGGAGUGGGAGAACCCCAAUGUUGAGCCCUCCAAGGUUACCUUGCAAACAGAGAGGCCGUUCAUGGUUCUGCCGCCUCUGAUGGAGUGGGUGCGCGUGUCUGUGGUUCACACCGAACACCGACGCAGCUUCUCUGUGGACAGCGAUGAUGUUCGGCAGGCUGCCCGGCUGCUGCUGCCCGGAGUGGACUGUGAGCCGCGUCAGCUCCGAACGGAUGAUUGCUUCUGUGCCUCGAGGAAACUGGACGCCGCCUCUACUGAAGCAAAGUUCCUGCAGGACCUGGGCUUCCGUAUGCUCAGCUGUGGACGCACAGACCUGGUGAAGCAAGCUGUCAACCUGCUGGGGCCCGAUGGUAUCAACAGCUUGAGUGAGCAGGGGAUGACCCCGCUGAUGUACGCCUGUGUCCGUGGAGACGAGGCCAUGGUACAGAUGCUGCUGGAUGCGGGAGCUUUUAUUAACAGUGAGGUGCCAAACUCAGUGCACAAGCACCCCUCAGUCUUUCCCGAAAUGCGGCAGGCGACGCCCCUCACUUUCGCGGUGUUACACGGACAUGUGCCUGUGGUGCAGCUGCUGCUGGAUGCCAAAGCAAAUGUGGAGGGGUCCCUGCAGGACGGGAUGGAGAACUACACAGAGACCCCGUUGCAGCUGGCUUCUGCAGCAGGUAACUUUGAGCUAGUGAGUUUGCUGCUGGAGCGGGGGGCGGACCCAAUGGUGGGAACCAUGUAUCGCAAUGGCAUCUCCACCGCGCCGCAGGGAGACAUGAACUCCUACAGUCUGGCAGCAGCUCACGGACACAGAAAUGUGUUUCGGAAGCUGCUGUCCCAUACAGAGAAAGGGAAAGGGGACGUCUUAUCCCUGGAAGAGAUUUUGGCAGAGGGUUCGGAGCUGGAAUGUAGAAGUCCGUCUCAGAUUGACUUGAUCCGAACUGGGAAGGCCAAACUUAAAGCCCUGAAAGAAGCCAUGUACCACAGUGCAGAACAUGGGCACGUGGACAUCACCAUAGAUAUACGGAGCCUCGGGGUUCCAUGGACUUUGCACACUUGGAUGGAGUCUUUGCGCACAUGUUUCCAUCAGCACCGCCGACCUCUGAUCCAGGGUCUUCUGAAAGAGUUCAGCUGCAUCGAGGAAGAGGAGUACACCGAGGAGCUCAUCACGCUUGGCCUGCCUCUCAUGUUCCAGAUCCUUAGAGCCAGCAAGAAUGAGGUGAUUAGCCAGCAGCUGGCUGCGAUCUUCACACAGUGUUAUGGUCCUUACCCAAUCCCCAAACUGGCAGAGAUCAAAAGGAAGCAGACGGCACGACUGGAUCCUCACUUCCUGAACAAUAAAGAGAUGUCAGAUGUGACCUUUUUGGUGGAAGGGAAGCCUUUUUACGCCCACAAAGUCCUGCUCUUCACAGCUUCCAGCAGGUUUAAAUCUCUACUAGCAAACAGACCUUGCGGAGAAAACACGUGCAUUGAAAUCAGCAAUGUCAAAUAUCACAUCUUUCAGGUAAUGUAA